UGAUUUCCUCUUACCUCUACUGAUGUUAUUCUACGGCAUUUCUCAAACAGCUAGUCAUUUUUAGCUGCAAAUCAAAAAAUUUCUUUUUUUUUGUCUGUCUCCUAAAUUAGGCAAAUGCGGCUCUUUUUGUCUGUGAGUCGAUUUUAUGUCUGUAUACCUUUUUGAUGAGCAGCAGUGACUAAAAAAUAAAAAUUUUAACGAAGGCUGCAACAACAGAUGGUUAAUUAUAUACAUCUUUUCUUCUUUCUUAUUCAACCAUUGACUGUUACACAAGUCAAGACUAUAGAGUUAAUAUGGUACCAGAAGAAUCAAAAAAGUCCUCUUUGGGCUCCACUAAAGAAUAUUCUGUCAACAGUCCUAUUUCAACUCAAACUCCAUAUGAUGAAUUAGUAUCAGCCCCAUUACCACUUUCAAAAUGGCAACUGUUUAAAGAUUCAUUUAAACCAGCUACAGAAUAUGAAAAAUUACAUAAUAUCGAAGAAUCAGAUGAUUAUGAAUUAGAAUCAUUAACUGAUAUUCAAAGAAUCAAUAUUAAUACUUCAAAAUCACCCUUAAAGAGAAAAUUAAAAAAUAGACAUUUACAAAUGAUUGCCAUUGCAUCAUCGAUUGGUUCAGGUUUAUUGAUCGGGACAGGUAGUGCUUUAAAUACUGGUGGUCCCGCUGGUAUUUUAAUCGCAUGGGCUUUAACUGGAGCCUCUAUCUUAUGUACCAUUCAAGCCAUGGCGGAAUUGGCUGUCACUUUUCCUAUUAGUGGAUCAUUCAAUGUUUAUGCUCUGAGAUUCAUUGAUCCAAGUGUUGGAUUUUCAGUAGCUUGGAAUUAUUUCUUUCAAUUUUUAGUAUUAUUACCUUUGGAAUUAGUAGCAGGUUCAAUCACUAUGAAAUAUUGGAAUACUACUAUUAAUCCUGAUGUUUGGGUUUUAAUCUUUUAUGUGGUUGUAGCUUCUAUAAAUCUUUUUGGUGUUAGAGCUUAUGGUGAAGCUGAAUUUUUAUUUUCAAGUUUAAAAGUAAUGGCCGUCAUUGGAUUUAUCAUUGUUUCUAUUGUAUUAGUGGCUGGGGGUGGUCCAGCAGGUCAUUAUGUUGGUAGCCUUUAUUGGCAUAUCCCUGGUCCAUUUGCCAAUGGAUUCAAAGGUGUUGCAUCCGUUUUUGUAACUGCUGCUUUUAGUUUUGGUGGUACUGAAUUAGUAGGUUUAACUGCUGCUGAAGCAGAUCAACCAAGAAAAUCAUUACCAAAAGCUACUAAACAAGUAUUCUGGAGAAUUAUGAUGUUUUAUAUGGUUUCAAUCACUUUAAUUACAUUCUUAGUGCCUUAUAAUUCCGAUCGUUUAUUAGGAGCAAGUUCAGUUGAUGUUACUGCUUCACCAUUUGUCAUUGCUAUUCAACAAGGUGGUAUUCAUGGAUUACCAUCAGUUAUGAAUGCCGUUAUUUUAAUCUCUGUCAUUUCUGUGGGAUCAUCUUCAGUAUAUGCCACAUCAAGAACUUUAACGGCCUUAGCUGAACAAGGUUUAGCACCAAAAAUCUGUGGAUAUGUUGAUAGAGCCGGUAGACCAUUAGUAGCUAUUAUGAUCACUAAUGUAUUUGGAUUAUUAAGUUUCAUCGCUGCUAGUGGUAAACAAACUGAAGUUUUCGAUUGGUUAUUAUCUAUCUCAGCUUUAAGUUCAAUUUUCACUUGGUUAUCAAUUUGUUUAGCUCAUAUUAGAUUCAGAAGAGCAUUGAAAGUUCAAGGUAGACUUACUGAUGAAUUAGCCUUCACCUCCCAAACUGGGGUCAUUGGAUCUUGGUUCGGUGUGAUCUUAAAUACUUUAGUCAUUAUUGCACAAUUCUGGUUAUCAUUAUUCCCAUUGGGUGAAAGUCCAAAUGCAGAAGGAUUCUUCGAAGGUUAUUUAGGUUUUGUCAUUUUAAUUAUCUUCUAUUUCGGUCAUAAGAUAUGGAGAAAGAAUUGGAUCUUAUUCAUCAGAGCUAAAGACAUUGAUAUUGAUUCAGGUAGAAGAGAAACUGAUCUUGAAGCUUUAAAACAAGAAUUAGAAGAAGAAAGAGCUAUUUUACGUUCUAAACCUUUGAUUUAUAGAAUCUACCGUUUCUGGUGUUAAAACCCCCAUGUAUAUCAUCCCUCCCCUCCCCUUGUAUAUUAGUCAUCUCUCUCAUGUUUUGUAUAUAUUCAAAACCUCCCUCAUAAUGCAUUAUAUCAUAUAUU